AUGCCUUGGAAAAAUAAUACUGUUGUAACAGAAUUUAUUCUUCUUGGACUUUCCAGUGAUCCCAGGACACAAGUUAUUCUGUUCUUUGUCUUCCUUCUUGCGUAUAUAAUUACAUUAAUUGGAAACAUCUCCAUCAUUACUCUAAUCCUGUCUGAUGUCAGCCUUCACACACCUAUGUAUUUCUUCCUUGGCAACCUCUCGUUUCUGGAUCUCUGCUACUCAUCUUCCACUGUGCCGAGGAUGUUGAAAGAUUUGAUGUCAGUAAAGAAAACUAUUUCUUAUGCUGAGUGUGCAACACAAAUGUUUAUUUCUCUCUGUUUAGGACAAUCAGAGUGUAUUCUGCUUGCUAUUAUGGCUUAUGAUCGUUAUUUAGCUAUAUAUUAUCCAUUACAUUAUACUACAAUCAUGAGUAACACGGUUUGUGUGAGAUUAGCCAUUGGUACAUGGAUAUCUGGGGUUCCUCUCUCUACCUCACUUGUUACUAUUACACUCAAUGUAAAUCGCUGUGGCAAUAAUGAAAUUAAUCAUUUUUUAUGUGAAGUGCCAGAAAUAAUAUCACUGGGCUGUGAAAACAUUUUGUUUGUUGAAUUUAUUAUUUUUGUUAUUUGUGUGAGUGAUCUUAUGAUACCAGUGAUAUUUAUUGUAAUAUCUUAUUCUCAAAUAAUUUCAUGUAUCUUGAAAAUGAAAUCUGCAGCCGGGCAAUGGAAAGCAUUCUCCACCUGUGGAUCUCACAUGAUGGUAGUGACAAUGUUUUAUGGCUCAGCUAUGGCUGCCUACAUGAAACCUAGGUCAAGCUCUGCAGCAGGAACAGACAAAUUCAUUGCUAUAUUUUAUGUAGUUAUUACACCAAUGCUGAACCCUUUGAUUUAUUCUCUUAGAAAUAAUGAUGUAAAAGCAGCCUUUCUAAAAUGUAAAAUGAGAUUGUGAUUAUGCUACUUUAAAAAUAGGAGUAGGAGUGACAAAUCUAGGUUGAAAUAAGUGAUUCUACUGUACUGUAUGUUACUGUGUGCUAAACUGUUUGUUUGCUUGUCAAAAAUGUAGAAUUUGUAUUUGUGCUAAAUAAUUUUGCUAUGGUGAAUAUGAGAGAUUUGCACAGA